CCCACACCGUGACCGUCUCUGAAAUCUACAACACACUGUUUACAAGAUGUGGUUUCUUGAAUGUCGGAGUGAAAAGCGCAACAAAAUGAAUGUUUAGAGACGAAUCUAUCCACGUGCGUCCCGCGUGCCUCACUGGUGUUGCUGCUAUCUGCAGCGUUCCUCCACAGCCUGAUAUUCAGUUUACAGACUGCUGUAGAGGGAGAACAUGGACGGGAAUCCUCCAAAGCGGCUCCGCGUUGCAGAAGAGCAUCACACAUUUACAGAUGGUGUCGAGAAGGAGGCGGAAGAGGGCGCAGUGGACGUGAGUAUCAUCAUGCCAGUGCACAACGCUUCCUGCUGGCUGGAUGAGUGUCUGCAGGCCAUCGUCCAUCAGGACUUCGCUGGAUCAAUGGAGCUGUCAGUGUUUGAUGAUGCCAGCACGGAUGACUCCAGGGAAGUGUUGGAGCGUUGGAGGGAGAAACUUGAAGCCAGAGGCGUUUCAUUGCUGAUAUCUGGUCACAGUUCUGCACAACCCAAAGGAGUGGGAUUUGCAAAGAAUAAGGCCAUAUCUCAGAGCCAUGGAGAAUACUUAUGCUUUCAGGAUGCGGAUGACAUUAUGAUGCCAGAAAGGGUUCGCCUGCAGUACGAUGCAUCUCUCCUCCACAAAAACUCCCUGAUCGGCUGCAGAGUCCGGCGGCUGCCGGAAGGAUCCACCGAGCGCUACACCCGCUGGAUCAACACGCUCACGCAGGAGCAGCUCAUCACGCAGGUUUUUACCUCUCAUGGGCCCACAGUCAUCAUGCCCACGUGGUUCUGCUCCAGAAAAUGGUUCCAGGAGGUUGGAUCAUUCGAUGAGGGAGGAAAGGGAGUCCCGGAAGAUCUGCUCUUCUUCUACCAGAGUCUUCGUCGGGGAGGAGGUCUGACCAGGGUGGACGAGUGCCUGCUGGUUUAUCGUUACCAUGACAACGCGGCCACUCACUCAGUCACGGAGGAGACUAUCUGGAGGCUGCGGGUGGACUUUCUGCAGGAGCGGGUUCUCAGUCGCUGGGAGAACGUCACCGUAUGGAACGCCGGGAAACAGGGCCGGAAGCUGUACCGGAGCCUGAGCGCCACCAAUCAGAGGAAGGUCAAAGCUUUCUGUGACGUAGAUGAGAACAAGAUCCACAAAGGCUUCUACACAUAUGAGGAAUCCAAGGAACGACCGAAGCCUAAAAUCCCCAUCCUGCACUACACGGCCGCCGCCGCGCCCUUCAUCGUCUGCGUGAAGCUGGUGAGCAGGGAGCUCGUUUCUGACCGUCCGUCCCUCAGGUCUGUUAAUGGCCGCUAUAACGACAUAAUGACCCAGGGCGUGUGCCCGGUCAGGACAGCGAGGGAGCCGCCAGGGAGCGGGCGGCAGCCUCCGCUUUGAUCACGCCGUCACGUUCACUCGGCGCGUUCGGCGGUUCCAGUUCCAUUUUGACUACUGCGCAGCGCUGGCAGCACUCAGAGUCCUUCACGCAGGCUGUGACGGUGGCAGAUUCGGUGAGAUUAGUGUGUAAUAACACACUCACGCCGCUCCAAUCUGGCUCCAUCACACAGCCAGAUUCACAUCUACGAACUCCACCUCAGGGCUCGACUAACUGCUCAAUUAUGGGAACUGCAGACGUAAUUAGAGACCUGGACUCAAUCAGGAGCUUUCUAACACACACACGCACACGCUCACACACACACACACACACACACACACACACACACACACACACACACACACACACACACACACACACACACCUGGAUUCAAUCACGCAUUUUUUGUGAAAUUAUAUCAAAUUAUAAACAGCAGAUAUAUUUAUUUGAACUUCGCUCGUUGGCUUUGAUUGAACCUAAUUUUUCUGUAGGUGAGUCUGAAUCUCGUCAGUCUUUAUGUAACCUCUGGCUUAACUCUGACAUAUCAAAACACACCCAGCAGAAAGAAGGCCGAGGACAGAAAAUUGCCUUCAUUACGAAGCCAAAUGCCUCAAACUGAUGGAAACGUGUCUUUUAUCCCAAGAAGCUUCAAGUAAUAGCCUUGACUUUUAUUUUUUUUAAUGGUUUUCAGACAGAUGUCUUUUGGAUUUUUAUUUUCUUUCACUGAAAACACAACUUUCUGAUGUGUCUUUGUCAGAUUAUCAGUACCUUGACUGAGAAACCAUGACGGCUGAACAUUAUCAGCUUUAUUUCUGCGGUGUUGCUUCAACAGGAGCCUUGUUCACGCUUCAAACAGAAGUUAACGAUCGCUGAAACACUCCACAUGGACCCUGCUAAGAUUUGAAGUUUGUUGUAAUUCCGGUCUCUCUGCGAUGUUUUGCUGUCCUCUUUCCAGGACAUGACCGGAGGUGUUCUGGAGGCAAAUCUCAACUCGCUGCAGCUGAAGGAAGGAAUCGAUUACUAUCAUUUCAACUAGCGGGUGGCAGCAGUGAUACAGGGAAACACAAAGUGCUCUUUGUUGUACAAAAUGCAGAAAAUCCUGGAUUUUUGUAUGAAAAGCAUUGUUUUAAAUGUAAGUUAUAAUUUUACAAUAAGUUUCCCAUUGUAUUCAUUUUUCACAUCAGUAUUCGGUGAAGGAGUUUAUGGUCAUUGUGCAUUUAUUACA